AAAGUGGCAGAGACCCCGACUUUCACGCAAAUCGCUGAUGAAGUGCUGCCUCGUCAAGUGGAUAAUCGCCAGCACCACGCAGCAAGGGCCAGGUAGAGACGCAGGGGAGGACAUAAGAGCAGACUGAUGCCCUGAAUGAUAAAACAUCACAGGCCAGACUGCAGAGCAGGAAUAUUACAGUAGCAGUGCACACCUUCAUACACAAUGCAUCAAUGUCGCAGGAUCUGCUUCAGAUGUUAUUUUAAAUUCAACAUUGCUCACCAUCCUCCUUCACUUUCAGUAUUAAGGGCUUUGAAAAAUAUUUUCUGGUAUCUAAUCCAACUUUUUCUAAGUUAUAACUUAUUUCUGUCAGGAAAUGAAUUGCAGAGUUCCUGAAUUAAAAGCAAACAAACUUCAGUUUACAUUCUUAACUCACUGCUGUUAGUUCAUUUUUAUUCUUUCCUUUUAAGCAAAAAAAAAAAAUAAAGGUAUGCUCCUCAUUUUUAUUUGAAUGUGUCCUUACCAAGCCACUCCCAUUUGGUUGAUUUAAAUUAUUGACACCAUGCUUCUCUGCAGACAUGAUGACACAGACUUGUCUCCCCUUGUCUCAUAAAUAUCACAUUUGCCUUGAUUUGCUAUUUCCAUGUAAUUUUACUUAGCAGCAUCUUCAGUACUUAUAGAGGUUGGCAAAAGUGUUUCUACGCCCUGAACUUUUCCACACUUUGUCACGUUACAUCUGCAAACUAGGCUUUGUUCUGCAUGUGUCCUACUGGUCAAAACUGGUGAAGACAUUACCAACAAAUAUGGGUUGUAAUUACCAUUAAAGGGAAUUCUAUUGAGCAUUGAUUCAGUUUUUGUCAUUUGUGAAAAAACUGGAAACUACGACAUUUUCCUUCCACUUCACUUAUAGUGUGGUCUGUCACGUAAAAUCCCGAUAAAAAGUGUGAAACUUUGUGGUUGUAACAGGACAAAAUGUGAUCAAGUUAAAGGAUCAUAAAUACUUUUACAAGACUCUUAAAAGCAGCGAGAAAUUAUACAUUCAAGAAAACAACGCAGGGCUGCUAAUCGGCUAACAGUUUAGCCUCUACAAUGUCUUCAAAAACUAAAAACUAUAUAACUACAAGUAGAUUUACAAAUCUGGAACUUGAACUGCACAAAAUUAAUGUAAAGUUUUAUUUUUGCGUGACAACGUUCCUUCACAUUAUAAUUACUUUGUCGCCAUCUACUGGUUUGUAAACUUAAGAGCAUCUAUUAAUUCACUCUCCAUCUUCAAGGCCAAUUGACUGGAAGACAACAGAAAGAAAACCAUAUCUUUUGGACUGAAACAGAGUAAAAGAACCAGUCCAGAACCAGAUAUAGGAAGAAAAGCAUGCUAGUAAAAACCAAAAGGCUAAAGUUUUGGAAGCCCUAGAGGUUUGUUUUGUCCGUUUGAAAAUAGAGGAAACAAAUCAUUAUUUUGCUUUUUGUCCUUUUCAGUUUAAGGUUUAAUGAAACCUGUUUGAAACUGAAAUGUUGAAUUCUUGAGUUUUUUUUUUUUGUGGAAGGCAGUGUUGUGAAAAUAAAAUAAAACCAGAAACCCAAAAGUUCAGCAAAAGGGAAGUUUAUUAUGAGAUGAGAAGCGACUGCUUGAUAAACUAGAUUAGCCUUAAUGCUGCUUUCUCUGCAGUCAUUAAAUCCUGGUGAUGAGGCCGCAGACUGCUCUGCCUGUAUCUUUGCAUGUUUAAUUCACGGCUCUCCAUUUGUAUUUAAUAGAAGAACAGGUGGGUCAGCACUUAAGGUACAUUAAACAACACGUUGUUGCUUUAUUUUUUACAUAUAUAAGUUCAGAUCCUGUAUAUUUAACAGUUACUGUAUCUCUCUUUUGAGGCGGCUGAAAGCAGCUAAACUCAAUAGUAUUGAGAACCAGUAAAGACUUAGUUUGGCCUUGUUCAUUUCAAUUAGUUUUAUUGUGUUUAAUCUAUCAUUCGUGUCAUAUUUUUUAUGUUUUUCCUUUCAAUGCAGGCAGUUAUGUGCAGCACUUUGCUUUAGUAAUACUUUAUAAAUAAAGCUGGUAAAGAUAAUAUGGAAAACUUAGGUGGAAGAAGAACAGGAUGGUGAGAACAUUCGACAAAGCAAUAGCUGUGGUUAGAUGUGUCAGCUAAGACGUGGUACUAUCUUCAAAAUUCUAUAUAAAUGUAGCAAAACUGAGAUUGAGAUCUUUUGCAUCUGUGCAACUAAAAUGCUAUAAAAAAUAUUAUAUACUUUGGGAUUUUGGCAGGGGUUUUUUUUAGUUUAGCAUACUUUUUAUUGGAUGAUUCACAAGUUAGCUGACCAAUACUGGUGAAACUUCAAAGUUACAUAAAUCCUGCGUCAAAAUGCAUAUGCUGUACACUUUCUCUGACCAAUAUUUCAUCUCCCAUCGAUUGAUUAGCACUCUCCGAUGCUUAAACUGAGUCCAUUAAGUUUUGCAGACUCAUCAGUUGCGAACUAUUCUUCUUCACUUGCACUGUGUUGCCAACCUACCUGAUCAAAACGUCUGCAAGUGUUUAAAAUGCUUUAUUUACACAACCAUUCAACCUCUGGUAAUAAAUGCAGCACUGUAUUCACUUUUCCGAAGUAAACCUUCACAACUUGGAUAUUCCACCAUCCAGUUUAAUCACAUUAGAAAAACACCCAGUCAAAAACGUCUGGUAUUUGCUUGCAUGUGAUUAAAACCACUUUACUUACUGAGUCUAUCACUGACCAAGUGUGGAGAUACGGGCAGCAUUACACAGGCUCAUUUGCACUAAGUGCUACUCAAAUCCCAGCCAUCAGCAGAUGUGGAUCAAUGCCUGGUUUUACAGUUUGCAUCACUGAAAUGACGGGGCUCAUAAAGUCACAGGCCAUUAGUAAAGAACUUCCUAUGCUCAGUGGCACCACAUGUACACACCUGCUUCACAGCAGACAACUGGAGCUAAACCUGGAAAUGAGGCUCAGAUGGAUGUUUCUGCAAAUUAGGACAACUUUGGACUUUUUUUUUUUUUUUUUUGGUGAUCGGAGUUUCUGACUUUUAUUUUUACUGAGGCGCCCCGGUCAAACUUGUCAAACUUGGGCAGUAGGAUGUUCCUCAUUCAUGCGUUAUCCUUUUUGUUGGCUGGUCAGUGGCGUGAAUCAGUUCGUAUCUGCUGAUGCUGGUGCAAUGUCUCUGAUGAACUGAUGGAGCUAGAUGGAUGAAGGAGAUGACGAUGACACCAGCGACAGUGACCUUGAGCUCUCUAUGGUGCGGCACCAGCCAGAGGGCCUCGACCAGCUCCAAGCCCAGACGCAGUUCACCAGGAAGGAGCUGCAGUCGCUCUACAGAGGCUUCAAAAAUGAAUGUCCCAGCGGGUUAGUAGACGAAGAAACAUUCAAAACCAUCUACUCACAAUUCUUCCCUCAAGGAGACGCAACCAGAUAUGCUCAUUUUUUGUUCAACGCAUUCGACAUAGACAGAAAUGGUUCCAUUCGAUUUGUGGACUUUGUGUUAGGUCUGUCUGUUUUGCUUCGAGGCUCUGUUACAGAGAAACUUCGCUGGGCUUUUAAUCUUUAUGAUAUCAACAAAGAUGGCUACAUUACAAAGGAGGAAAUGUUAGAGAUAAUGACCUCCAUAUAUGACAUGAUGGGCAGGUAUACCUUACCCAGCGUACGAGAUGAUUCUCCGUUUGAGCAUGUGGAGAAGUUCUUCCAGAAAAUGGAUCGAAACAGGGAUGGAGUGGUGACAAUAGAUGAAUUCAUAGAAACCUGCCAAAAGGAUGAAAAUAUAAUGGCUUCCAUGCAGCUCUUUGAGAACGUCAUUUAGUUUCUGUAAAGAAAACUGGACCUUUUGAUGCUUCCUCCUUCAAGCUCUUACGCUGAAGUAAUGCCAAUUGUAUUCUAACGGAGAUGAUUUUUGGCAAGAAAACACUUUGGGCACAUGUUUAAAUAAACUAGGCAACCAUUCCUGUAAAAUGUGAACAUGCAAAGAACUGUGCAGUAUCCACCACAUCACUUUAAAAGCUGUUUCUUUGCAUGAGAAUGUUUAUUUCUAUGUAAAAGCGCCCUCAUUUCAAGAUGCACAUGAAUGUAAAAGCAUGUGAUAAAAACGCUUUGGAUGCAAACAAAGGAUUUGUUGUUGUUUUUUUUUUUUGUUUUUUUUAAUGUUCUUUAAAAUGUAAGUGCGUAAGAAUACUUUAUUAUGAAAUAACACUGUGGUGAUUAAACUUU